CGUCAUAACAGUACCGCACUUAUGGGAAAUGUUUUGAAAUUUAUUAUUUUCUCUGUAAAUAUUGAUGUAAAUUAUUAAAUUGUAGUUAUUCCAUAAAUAUUUGCAUAAUUUCCGGAAGUUUUUGACUUGCACUAAAGACAAUUUCACUAUGUCCUUUCUUCAUGUUCUACAGACCAGUCUAAACAUUCAGAAGUCAUGUUUGAUUAAUCUCUCAAAGUGUUUGCUGAACUUCAAUACAAACCCUGAAACAUCACUGUUUGGACAGACUCUAAUUUCCGUAAGGUUUCAUCGGCGGAAUCAGCGUAUAUUUCGUAAAAUUAGAGGUGGGGGUCGGCCUGUUCCUCCUGGAGUUGUUCCACCAGAGCCUAGCAAAUACGGUUGGCGUCCCGUUUAUCCAGAAGAUGGAAAAUAUACUAUCAAGCCCUUACCAAUAAUCAAGAUGGGUGGUCGACAUCCUGAAACUGGACGAGUAGUGGUGAGAACAAUAGGUGGAGGACACAAAAAGAGAUUUCGUUGGGUUGACUAUAAGCGAGAAGGACCUGAAGAUGGUACUACUUUAGAAGAAAAAGUUUUCCAAGUUCGAUAUGAUCCAUGCAGAACAGCAAGAAUUGCUUUGGUUGCCAGUGGUGAUCAUAAAAGGUGGAUUCUUGCUUCAGAAAAUAUGAAAGUAGGAGAUGUAAUUAAAACAUCAGCAGUUAUACCUAGAAUACCUAUUCGCCCAGUUGAAGGUGAUGCCCAUCCUAUUGGAGCCCUACCUCAAGGCACCUUGGUUCACAGCAUAGAAGCUGAGCCAGGAAGUGGGGGCAAAUUUUGCAGAGCGGCUGGUUCUUCGGCUCAGUUUUUGAGAAAACUGGAUAACAAAUGCUUAGUCCAGUUACCUUCAAAACGGCAGAUUUUAAUUCAUGAAAAAUGUAUGGUGGUCGUGGGACGAGUUUCUAACAUUAAUCAUGGGAGCAUACCUAUUGGAAGUCCAAACAGAUUACGCUGGCUGGGGAAAAGACCAGUUUCAGGGCUGUGGCAUCGUAAGGAUGGAUACUGUGGUCGCAAAAUACAUCCUCCGAAACCCAUUUUGGAUUUAUUAGCUGAACGUGAAGAAAAGCCAGAAAUUUUUCAAUUCACAUUUAAAAAAUAAAACUGUGUAAUCAAAUGUAUUGUAUUAGUUUUCAAUUUGCUUUUAUAUUUUGAAAGGUUGAAUUAAAAUUUAAUUGAUA